AUAUGAUGAAGAGCGAAAGAAAAUCAUAUCUAGGGUAACCAAAAGUAUAGGGACCAACCGUGAGCAUUUGUGGGCAACGAAAUCAAAAGAGAUGAAAAAGGCAGCGGCUAUAGGUAAAACAAGACAGCUCUUCAGACUAAUAAAAGAAACUGGAACUAAGAAGUCAAGUGUUAUUGAGACGACAGUCUUAUCUGUUCUUAGUCCAAACGUUUAGAACGAUGGGCGGAACAGUUUAUCUGGACUACAGCUAAUCUACAACUACCCUCAAUUCCCAAACAGUCUGAAUGGAGUAUUGAGGUUGGUCCUCCGACUCGAGUUGAGUUUCAAAAGCUAUAGCUAAUCUGAAACCAGGAAUAGCAGCUGGUCCAGAUGGAUUAGCUUCAGAGGUCUUAAGUACAGUAGUCGAAUUUUAACGAUUAGGUUAGUGUCGGCCAAACCGAAACGUGGAUUCAGUGCUUGAAGUCGCUAACUUCUAGUCUGGACCAAGUUGGUAGAUGCAAACUAUUUGGUUGUGGUUCGCGUGACUAUCGUAACCAAUGGUUAAAAGACUCUGUGUGACAUGGCUCAGAAUCUAUCACAUUGGCGUAAAUGUAUGCACUCUCUAUCUUCCCUUAAUCUAUGAGAUUUACAUUGCUUUAUAUCUUUAUGUGUACCAACUAAUUCUUUUUUUUGUACUAUAUCCUUAUAUGUUAUCUUUUUCUUAUAUAUGACCACCAUUGAAGUAACUACCUCUGAAUUUAAUGUCCAUCUUGUGCUAAUGAGGUAUGGCAACUUGGACCGAUGCAUAUGUGUGCCUGGUCCUACGUUGUAGCUGACUGACUGAUCCAGUACAUCAUAGUAAUUAAUGUACUUGGAUUGAAUAUUAAAGUACGGCCAUGGUCAAUGUCAAUCUUGGGCCUAGAAAACAAGCAACUUUUAGAUAUCUUCAUGUAUGGCGUUGUCUGUCGUCAGAUUUGUUGAGCUUAUUCACGCUAUGUUCCUUUGAUUCUCAUUACACCAUGUCUUCAGCCUCACGAUACGUGAAAUAAGUCAUAUGUUCUCGUCUAUAUAAUGUACAUAAGUUACUUGAUGCGUCAGCUGGCUUUUAUUAACGGUAACAAGUAUUGUUUAAUUCCCAGAUUCAUUUUCCACUUAUCAAUCUAUUUAAACUUCACUGAUCUGGACAUUUCGCUAACUGCCGGUUACCAGAGAAAAAUACACUACCCCAUCGUGGUAUAUGACCAAGAAUUCCACAUUUCAGUCGGCUUCCCUAUGUACGAAAUUCUUAAUUGUAUAUUUUAUUCCUUCCUGUUCAUAUCCGGUCUAUAUUUCGCCGGUGGAAAGUUUCCAAGAGACCAUCCGGAAACAAUCAAGAGAAGAGUUGUCUCCGUGUUCGUGACAGGAACUAUUUCCAUGAUUCAUAUACUGACGUACAUACGUUCCUAUGAUCGUCCUCCGUUUCAGUUAUCUUCAUAUGAAUUUGGGAAACUGUUUAUUAGGCUGGAUGGCUUAUUAGAAGCAGUUAUUAUAUCUGUCAUACUUACUUUGGUCAUGUACUUUGGCGUUGUAUUGGAUGACAUAUGUAGUGGAGAUAUGUUAGUCAUAUUUGAUGUUCAAUACUGGAAAGAUCGUAUAUUUAACUGGAUAAGUUUAAGAAAUUUUGUAAUAGCUCCUUUGGCUGAAGAACUCAUCUUCCGUGCAUGUGUUACAUUUCAUCUACUUCCUUUGUUCUCAUCAUGUGUUAUGCUUUGUUUCGUUAGUUCAUUAUUUUUCUCUUUAGCCCAUUUUCAUCAUGUUUUUGAAUCAGUGAAAAGUGGUCAAGAUCUGCAAUCUGCAUUUAAAACUUCACCAGAGCUAACGUGUGAUUAAUGCUAACGUCAAGGAUAAGUAAAAAUUAUUUCAUUUGAUCAAUCUGUGAACCGUUAUCGACUGAGGUAGCCGAAACAUGUGGUACACAUGUCUCGUAGAUGAAAUGCUUGUUAUCGCAAGUUGAAGAAGGAGAGAGUCGGCCAAAGUAAUUCACAACAUCAUUUCAUUACAGUAUUCGGCUGUUUUUCUAAACCAUAUAAGAAAACACAUACCCCAUAAGUGUUUAAAUUCGUUCAUUUAAGUGCCUGUUUGUUGAAAAUGAUGACUAUAUGUAUUCUUUUAUUCGUCUUAAACAAUAAUGCAAAUGUGUCUGGGCUACGUUCUUCUCCCUCUGAAUGUAAAACGUUACUUUAGGACUCACUGUUCUACGUUCCUGACAAGAUUGUUUGCAUUUAUUCAUUCAUUUCUUUAAACAUGUAAACAUUGGUACAAGGAGACAACAAAUAUGUAUGCGUCACACUUCAUUAUUCGAUUUGUAUGAUGGAUGCGGGGCCGCUCGGACGCCCAAACCGAGGAAGGCUCAGAGAAAAAACCACCAAGAAAUGGAAUUAGUUUUCAUUCUAUUUCAUGCAUACUAGACCAUUUGACUUCAAAUGUCAUUCAAUUUUUAUUGACAUUGUUAACACACUUCUGAACACUUGAAUAGCUUGCUUUUUGUAUUCAUUUUAAAACUUUACAAUCUAUAUAUAACACUCAAUAAUCUUUUAGUUACUGUUUUGCAAGUUUGGUUAUCUUUAAAAUUUAACAUCCUUUACUAAUUUCCGAAUAUAUACACAAUCAGACAGGAAAGUUUCUUCUAAACUAUUCGCUCUGAUAUUCCCAUUCUUAGUAGAUGAUUUCGAAGUAUACUGAGAAUUCCUCUAUAAAUAGACGUUUCGCACUAUUAUUACCAGUUGAAGCUGCAAUAAUCAUUUCAGAUUUUUUUCUGACUCCUUGCGAUGUGGGGAAGAGCUUCCAGGAUCAUCUAGGGUAUUGUAGAAUUGCAUUAUUGGUUUUUUAUUUCUUUUCACAGACUGUCCGAAUAACCCAACAAUACAAACAUGCUUAAUAAUCUUAUUUCUUUUAAUCACAAAUGUAUUUGCAUACACAAGAAAAUUAUCUUACCACGAAACGCAUUUGAUAACUCGAUGUUUUAAUCGAAACAAAUGACAACUAUUUCAAGUCUUAUUGCAUAAAUAAUAGUCUCAUGCAAUAAGUGUGGCUCACAAAUCAAAUUUACCUGUGUGUAGUCACAGACCCUCGUCUCUUUAUAUGUGUGUUAGAUACAAGAUGGAUAAUUGUCAUAAUCACCAAACCAUUUCUUUUACUAUGUUCUUAUAGUGACCUGCAUUUUAUUACAAAUAAAUUGUAAAGCCUUAUUUUUUUACCUAGUUUAUUCAGAUUGAUAAAUAGUAUAGUAAAUUAGGAUCUACCUGCAAACACUCCCAUUGUAAAUCAUAACUUCUUCACAAAUGCAAAACUUGAAUCCUUGUUUAUAAUAGUUAGUAGGUACUAAGACUGACAUUCCUUCAGGCCCCAAUUAUCAAAGAAUUAACAUAAAAAUUGUCAUAAAUCUAUAUAUGUAUGUUAGUUUUGUUCAGUGUAUCAACGUCAUUAUUCUGUAUGAGUUCUUUUAUUUUUCGUGCUUAUUAUGGCUCGCAUAAUUUAUUAAGUCGUAUGUUUUCUACUAUAAAGUCACUAUUAAAUAAAGUAAAUACACAAUAGAUUAUAUUAAAUUAACACACUACUUUUUAUGCAUAUAUUGUUUAUCAAGUUAGUGUACACAACUUCUCUGUUUACAUAUUUCAUUGCCUUGUAAUUUGAAUAUUCUGCAUAAAUUCGUUUAAAUGUAAACGCCUUCUUUCGAAGAAAAUUCAUUUGCAUACAUUUAUUAUUAGCCCCCAAAUUCCCUGGUAUGGCCGAGAGUGGGGAGAGUCCGCUCCUUCUCUCGAAGUGCUCUCAAAUGGUCACGCGUAUAUAGCCUCUGCUAUUGUGUUGUCUACGAAAUUGAGAGGACAAAAAGCAAAUGUCCGGCUCUUUAACCGAAUUAGUGGACACGGAGAGUCCACCUAGGAGAGUUGUAAAACCCUGAUUCCAAAUCAAUGGUACACCUGGGCUCCAGUAUCCUGAAAGAACAAAUGUCGUAUGAACCAAUCGUUGGCCACGGGCUACCAUGGGACUGCAUCUCCUUAUAUUGUUCCAGUGCCUUGUGGAUCAGACCUUUAGGUCGAAGGCUCGAGGUGUGGCCUCUUAAGAAAACGACCUGCUUCGGUUUGGGCACCCGGUCAGUAUCACAGCCCUCACAUAAAUCGAAUAAUUCAUUUGGCGUAUAUUUGUUGCCUCAUUGUACCAAUGUUUGUGUUUAAAUAAAUAAUAAAUAAACAAAUAACUUUAAAAUAUAAAAAUACACUAUGAGUUUAUGUGGCAAACUUAUUUAAUAAUCCAAUCGCUUGAAAAUUAUAUGUUAGAUCGCUUUAAAAAUAUUCAGACAAUUCGACUAUUAUGUGUCUUUUAAUAUAACUGACAAAGGAUGAUUAUAUCCGUAAUCAACUAUAAAUGGGAUUAUGCAACAGAAAUAAACUAAUUUAAGCAAAAUAAAAUAUUAAAAGUAAUGACGCCAACAUGAGUACAAUACUGAACGUAUCAAAAUGGAGGACGAUGGGGAUAGGGUUACGAUUUAUUGAACUCUCUAAGGAGUAUAAAAAACAGACACAUUUACAUAAACAUGGCAUAUCACCGUUAGUUUUCAACCAACUACAACGCCUACCUCUCCAAAGUGACUCAAAUCGACAGUUUUUAAUUUGAUAGACUAAUACCGCAAAUAGAUCUACUGUUGUCUUUUCCUAACCUACUUCUGCUACUGGCCAGAAAAAUAUUUCACUGUAGGUUUCGAUUAGACAUUCUGACACAUGUGCCAAGUAAUGAGUGUUCAUUAACUCGUUAACCGGUUUUCCAAUAUCCCUAUACUCUAGGUACGAUAACAUUUGUCACUUCGUAACUCACGCUCGACUUGUGCUUAAAAACUUUUGUAAUUAAACACUUCUGAAAAAUGUUUGUGUUUUUUAUAGAGUACGUUCCAUACUCAUCUAUGAAUAUUAAGCGGAUAUCUCGGUUAAUUCAAUGUUUGGAUAAGGUGGCAAUACAAAAUGAAGCUUCUUAUAAUUAUUCAUCUAAACUAGUAAAACUAUUAUGAUAAGCCAGAUGAUCACUGUAACCAUUUCCAUAUUUUCCUCAUACUGAGCUACAAAGAUUUAGGUAAAGAUACCAAAUACCUUAAUACUUGGCUGCUGUUUAUAGUCUACACUUUACUUACUUUCUCUUUGUCAGUUAUAUAGUAUUAGUAGGCCUCAUAUCAAAUGUGUUUCAAGUGUAUUGCGUGACAUUAGCACCGUAGAUCAUGUCUAAUAUUGUUAAUUUUUGUUCACUAAUAAACCAUAAACAUCAUUGUGAUGAUAUUUGUCACCUUGUUAUUUGUGACUUUAUUUUAAGUUAGCUGGUGGCUUUUAGUUAAUUGGAAUUUACUUCUCACAAGUAAUUUGUAAUUUUGGUUAUUAGAAUUAUAACCAUGGAAUCUAAACACAUUCUAAUCAUUAUAUUUAUCUUCUGAGUUUCCAUAAAGUUUCUGUCGUUUCUUAUUACUGACUUCAUUGUGAUCAUUUAAAACGUUAUUUAUUUUUAAAGUUUUCCAAGUGUUUUACACAACUCUAUUUGGAACGUAUUCUGGAUUUUUGAUGCUAAGAACUGGUAAGUUUAUGUAUUUUUAGUUGUACAGUAUACACUUUUUAUAUUCGUGAAGUUAUUUUUAAAAUUGAAAACUGCAAUAUCAAUAGUAGGCCUAGAUAUUACGUCACUGUAGGCAAUCUGUAAUUAACGAAAAAUACAGUCGAUGAUAAAGCUGAGAUGUAUAUUGGUAAAAUAUAAUCCCUUAAUAACUUUGCUUUUCUAUGCAAUAGGAUGGUAUUUCAUUGUUUGUACGUUAUUGCGUGAUUUCACCAUUCAGUAACGUUACUAACGUAUGUAUGCGGCUUUUCGAACAGUUUUUUAAAGCUGCGCUACAUGUCAAGGUUAUGGUAGUGUGUAUUAAGGAAGAUAAGUGUGAAAAUUGUGUUUAGUAGACGCUUGGUUAAUCCGUUUCCUAUGUUAAAAUUCGAAAUCACAAUGAAAUAACAAAAUUGUAAAAAUUAACCAGUAAGCAUCGUCAGUUUUUGAAGAAUCCUCUCAUACAGUUUAUUAGUCUCACUGAAGUUAUAGUGAUCUAGCAUUGUGAGUGACAUUUGGAAGCUUAAUAAUAAAUAUACACAAAACAUCCUUCCAUUUGUUUCAAUAGAUUAAUUCAACGUAAAAUUUGAGCUAAAAACUAUUAAUAUUUUCUUUUCAUGGUCAUUUCUAUGUCCAUUAGAAUUUUAUGAUAUUUGAAAUAAAUCUAGAUCUAUUCAGUUUUACGAAAUUUUUUAAUGAAGCGUUAUGGUACUUUAAGCAAUUAUUGUAAGUUAUACAAUACAUUUUUACACAUUCUGUAUCUGAACUGGUUAAAAAAAUUAUUCAGUAAAGUGCAAAACUUAUAUAAAGCUGACAAGACUGAACUGGUAUUAAUCGUUGCUCAAGGUUGUCUGUCGGAUAAUGGUUAUUAAAUAAAGUUUGAAUGGAAUUUGUUGUGUUUACAAAAAUCUGUCUUUGUACUACAUGAUUUUAAAAGUAGUGAGACAGUUGAUAAGGUUGAUUCCGGUCUGUGCGCUGCAUUAAGAAGGAUUUAUCCAGUCUCUGAACUGGUAUCAUUGAGACAUUCGAAAAUUGUGAAAUACUCACUUAACGUUACUUCCGAUUUUUCUUACCAGUUUAAAGUGCGUGGCGAAUCCCAUACAUUAGAUGAACAGAAAUGAGAGUUCUCGAUGUCAUCUCCAGUCAUGUUCUUCACAAAUUAGGACUAAGAGGUCAACAUUACUUUCAACUGUGUAAUCACCCGUCAUCUACUUGAUAGCGAACAUGACUUUGGAAUUUUACGAUCGUUCUGAAAUGUUAGUAACCUUAUGACUUCGGACUUAUUACGUUUUAAUCAAGCCAUCACUUUCAAACGACUCAACUCGGAUUUAUGCUUUCAAAAAUUUACUGUUCUCAGUCUUACAAUAUCCUAGUGUAUUCAGUUCCCAAUACUUAGUUGCGUGACGUAACCCUUUAUGUUUGCAAUUAUAAAUUAAUUUUCUUUACCCCUUCUUGUAUCUUACACGAGCUUUACUCAUUGUAAUCCCAUAAUCAAUUCAUGUUUGUAGUUUUUAUUAUGUAACUUUGAAAUUUUCAGUAGCUUGUUUCCAGGAGUUUUAAAAUUUUCGCUUUGAUUUCACACUUUAUCUAACAUAGAAAUUUUCAACCACAUGAACGUCUCUUAUAAUUUUUUCAUACUUACUGCUACUUUUACUAAUUACUGUUGAUGGAAACUUUACUAAAAUCAUGAUAUAAAGUAUAUACAACGUUUUCUAAAUACUUAAUACUAUCUUUUCUAGGUUCUAAGCAAUAGAAGAGAAUUCUCGAAAUAAAUCAGUUCAUGUUAUUCCACUAUGAUCUUUGUUCUGGCUUUAUUCAAAUUUAGAAUUAGGAAAUAUUUUAUGAAAUAGCACUUUUACUACCAACUGUGUUGACAUCGGCUCUAAAUCCAGAUUCAUUCUGAAUAUUUCUUGAGCAUUUCCAGUCUUAGUAACAAUUAUAUGUUUAGUCACCUCGCGAUCCAUUAUUUAGUGUAAUUAUUGUUGACAUAAAUACGAUGUACGACAAUCCGUUUGGGUUUGAACUAGUGACUUAGGCACUCAACAUUUGACUAAUAGAUUUCAAGACUCCAACCACAAUUCAUCUAGUUGUGUUUGAUCAACUGAUUAGUCCACAUUAAAUGCGGUUUGCAGUAAAAGGCAUAGAAUUGUGUUUGUUAUUUGAAUUGUAUUAAGAUCAAAUUUAAUCGGAAACUUCAGUCAAAUAUUUUAUCACGCUACAGAACAAGGGUUAUGUUGAGUAAUAAGAUCACUAUCAUUAUUAGGAUUUGUGUAUUAACAGUUGAAUUCACAAGUCAAUCUAUGCCAGACCGCCAUUGAAAACCUGGACGCGUGCGGGACUGUGAAUGUGCACUACUGAGGAGUCACAUACUAGGACGAAACGGCCAUCGAGUACUUCCAAGUUUUAAAUGGUGUUCUAGCUUAGAUUGAUUCGUGAAUUUAACUGCUAAAAUUAGAUCGCUGUGUUAUGAAUGCAGAAUAAUAUACUAAUCAUUAUAAUGUUAAGUCUAAUGAUGUCCUUGGACCUUAAAUGGACAUUCCCUAUUGGCCAUUAUUUCUUUCACUCGUUAAAUAUUGUACAGAUGUUGUUUUCUAUUUUUAUGGUACGUUGUGGUCUGUUUGGUUAGUAUAUAAACAGAGUAUGUUUGAAAUAUAACGAUUCAUAACUCAGAGGCUGUGACUUGCGUUCUAGACUCAACUGGCUGGGCUAGACAGGGGAGCGGGACCAAUCGGGACUCUAGGUCGUCCUUACGUGUUUUACGUGUCACUGGAUCGAUCGAUAAUACGCUGCGCAUUUAACCUGCAGUCCACCCGUAACAACAGCUGUUUGUUUUUAUGGUUACACACACCAUAUGAUCUGACUUAUGUUGAAAAUUGAUCUAAUCACACAUAUGUGUAUCGGAUUUGAAAUUCUAAAUGGUUUACACUAAACAGCAUUUGGUUUCAUAAUUCUUCAACUGUGAUUCUUACAGAAAUAUUUAACAUGGUUACUGUUUAAAUACAGCUUACAAAUUUCGAUUUCGUUUUGUUAUAUAAAUGUAUGAUUGAAUUGUGCAUCCAAUAAAUUUCUAACUGCAUAAGAUAGUAUAACAUCGUAAAAAUUGACUAUUUUAUGUCUAGUGGAGAUCAGUCGCGAACUAAAUUAGUAGUGUAACUACGGGUGACUUAUUUUGUUCAUAAUUGGUCUGUAGAUAUAGCGCUAUUGAUUUUGUUUAUGUUAUGCUAUUUUGUCCUGUAAUACCGAUUUCAACAACAAUAUUGGUCAACUCUAAGCAGAUGGUAAGACAUCUAUAUUCAAAAAACCAACAAAUUGGUCAUAACAUUGUAUAUGAAUCUUUUCUUGCUGAUAUCUGUUUUUGUACACUGUUCUAUAAAAUAUUUGUUUUCGUUUAAGCACUUAAUUCCUGUGUACUUUGCAUACAUUGUAAAGAUUAUUACAAAAUAAGCCAAAUAUGUAACCUUUUUAAAUCAGUUAUAAAUGUGUUUUGAACUUAACCACAUUACGUGAAUAUUAUUUGAUGAAAGGAAUUAGAAUAAUUUUAUUUUAUUUAUUUGGGUACGUCUUUAGAGUCUUAUAAAUGGUAUGUUUUUUUUCUUCUGAUAUUGUUACCUGCAUCUGUCUACUGGGUGAUUUAACUCCAAAACUUUAACUAGUGUUCUGUACCUUAGGAACAUUUGCACCAUCAGAAGCGUCCGACUGAACAACAAAUCUUUCUCAUGAAUUCAGUAUUUCCUUUAGUAAUUUUUCCAUCUUUUUUAUUAAGAAAAAUGAAUUGCGAUAUACGUUGUACUUUCCAAAUAAUGAGGUUUCUUUUGUUGAUUAAUUCAUUAUAAUUUGUCAUUCGACCUGAUAGUAGAUCGUUACAUGUAGUUUUGCUACUUCCUUUCUGUUGAUUUUUUUAAAAGAUGCAUUCUACAAUAAUUCAUCAUUUAGGACGUUGGUAUAAAUCUUAAUAUGAUUCGCAUAAGAACUACACUGUUUUUUAAGCAGUCAGGAAUUGUCGAGUAUGUAUCUUAUUUAGCACUUUACUUACCAGCUUUUUUUCCAUAGUAACACUAUUAAAAUGAACAGAAAUGUUUUAAUAAAUGUAUUCUCUGGAAACUUGUAGAUCAUUACUUGACAUAUUCUAGUGUAUACAUAUAAUGCGCUCAGUUGUAAAAGAUAAUAUACUCUAGUGAAAACUCAGAUGUAACUGAUAAGUUUGUUACAAUGUUCUGAAUGAGUGUUAGUUUUGUAUAUGUUAUGUCUAUAUUUAAAUAUAAAAUUGUUUGUUCCACUUGUAGAAAAAUUUCCUUAAUGUCUUGUAGCUAUGUCGCAAGUAUAUGUGAUAGCAUAAAAUACCUACCUAUCCAUGUUUUGUCAAUCUUAGUAAAAAUUUAAUUUACUAGCUACUUUUUCAAUACACAUUUCAUCAUAUUUUGUUUACUGUAUAGGUAAUAUUGCUUCAAGUAUUGUUACACACUCCUUGUGCAACUUCUUCGGCUUACCAGAUUUAAUAGGUGCCAUCGAAAGAGCUAAGUAUCGUUGGGGUGUCUCUGGUCAAAUUUUCGCUAUUGGAUCUCAUCUUUUGGGGUUACUUUUAUGGGCAUAUUUGUUAUAUCAAAUAACUGAAACAAAAUGGUCCUCAUCAAACAACUGUCGUUGUGAUUGGUAUUGAGAGUUUUCAUGCCCAUAUGAAUUAUUAUUUUUGGUGUUAAUAGGACUGUUAAAAUGUUUAGAUCUUCGUUUCAAUUAGACUGAAAAUUCUUAUCUGAUAUACAAAUAUUAAACAUUUCUAUAAUCCCGGUAAACAGCAAAUUUCAGUUCAUCGAAGGUACAAAAGUAGUAGGAAUUAAAACAGAUUUCACACGAAUUUCAAGGCUUCACCUCAUAUUCGGAAUUGUAAUUAGAUUUUGUGCUGUUAAGUAUGUACUUGUACGUCAUUAGUUUGUCUUUUUUUUAAAAUUGUAAAUGUAUACCCUUCUAAAAUCUGUCAUAAUUA